CUGGCAACCGCCCUAGAGACCAGCCAGCGCGACCCGCUGCGGCAUGAACAUCAUCUACCCGCUGGCGGUGCCCAAGGGGCGCUGGCUCCGCUGCGAGGUGUGCGAAGCCCCCGCCGAGCGGGUGUGCACGGCCUGCACGGUCACUUACUACUGUGGACCAGUUCAUCAGAAAGCUGACUGGAAUAGCAUCCACGAGAAGAUCUGUCAGCUCCUGAUCCCGCUGCGGACUUCCAUGCCCUUCUACAAUUCGGAGGAAGAGCGGCAGCACGGGCUGCAGCAGCUUCGGCAGCGACAGAAGCAUUUGAUUGAAUUCUGCUACACCAUCGCCCAGAAGUACAUCUUUGAAGGGAAAUACGCAGAUGCUGUCCCAGCGGCUUUACAUUCUCUUCGCUUCCGCAUGAAUUUAUUUGGCCUGAGUUCGGUAGAGCUGGUGCCUGCUUACCUGCUAGUGUCCGAGGCUAGCCUUGGUAUGGGCCAUAUUGUCCAGGCCGAGGAAUAUCUAUCCCAAGCCCAGUGGACAGUCCUUAAAUCAACUGAAUGUUCUAGUGCCACCCACUCUUUGCUGCACCGAAACCUGGGUCUUCUCUACAUAGCUAAGGAAAACUACGACGAAGCACGCUAUCAUCUGGCCAAUGAUAUUUAUCAUGCCAGUUGUGCAUUUGGAACAGAGGACAUCAGGACCUCAGGAGGCUACUUCCACCUGGCCAGUAUCUUCCAUCGCCUUGGAAAGUGGAACCUGGCAGAUACAUUGCACACAAAGGUCACUGAGAUCUGGAACAAAUAUUUAUAUGGGCACUAUCAGGUCCUUGCAGAAGCUCGCCUCCAACAAAUCGAUUUGCUGGGCAAACGGUUUGAGACUGACACCGGCUUGGAUGAAGCCCAAGAAGCAGAAGCUGUUAGGAUCCUGAAUACGAUCUUGAGCAUUCGAGAUGCUAGAACAGAAAAAGAACCCAGAAAAACGGUUUUUGUUCUGAAAACCAUUGCCAUGCUUUUCUUCCUGAUGAAUUCUCCAAAGGCACAAGAUUAUGCCAAUGCAGGCUUAUAUCUAGCCCAACAGCGAAAAUUCAGUUUGCAAGAACAGAGGAUCCUUCAAGACUUAGUAGAUCUUGUCUCAGUGGAAAAACCUUUGGAAACGUCCCGAUGGCUGGGCCUCUCUGCUCAAUGGGUGGGCACAUGGGUUCUUUCCAUUCCCUGGGCAUCUGGAGUGGCCUUCAACUCUCACUUGCUCUUUGCCUCUUCAAAUAUCAGUCCCGAAGAGCAGGCUGAGCAGGCCUACAACAAGCGCAUGCCAUCUGUGAUGGUAUUUUCCUCCAUCAUCUGGACAGUUGAAAGCUGGCAAUAUUACAAUUCAAACGGCACUCUGCCUUUGAAAGGAAAAUUAGGGUUUUUCAGAAUGCAGCUGGCAUGCAAGUGA